CAGCCGGAGUAAAUGCUAAAUCAGACAGGGAUUGUAUCAGGGAUAAGACUGCCUGCAAAGCGCUCAUCCUGAGGAGGCACGCUGCUCACUCACGCUUCUUAUGCUGGGAAAUUUCCACAUAAUGUAGAAUGAAAGAGUUCUGUUUUACAUGUCAGCCCUGUGCGGGAGCUAAUGCUGAAUACACAGCGGUGGGAUCCUGACUGCAUGAUUAAUGAGAAACAUAAUGUAUUUUGGAAGGAUCGUGGCUGGGAUCCGUUAGUGAUUAUGAAGGUGGUACAUGCCAGAGCCCUGCUCUUCCAGCCCUAGUGCGUCCUCCUGCUCCACCUUUGCAGCCAUCGCUGGAUAUUAAACCAUUUCUUCCAUUUCCUCUGGACACUGCAGCAGCAGUCAAUCUCUUCCCCAACUUCAAUGCAAUGGACCCAAUUCAGAAAGCUGUAAUAAAUCAUACAUUUGGGGUUCCUCUUCCUCAUCGAAGAAAGCAAAUCAUAUCAUGCAACAUUUGCCAGCUGAGAUUUAAUUCUGAUAGCCAGGCUGCGGCCCACUACAAAGGCACUAAACAUGCCAAGAAGCUCAAAGCACUGGAAGCCAUGAAAAAUAAGCAGAAAUCUGUUACUACCAAGGACAGCGCAAAGACUACCUUCACUUCCAUCACUACCAAUACCAUCAAUACCAGCUCUGACAAACCAGAUGUUACCACAGGGACACCAGCAAUAUCAACGACAACAACCGUGGAAAUCCGGAAGAGCAGUGUUAUGACAACAGAGAUCACCUCUAAAGUGGAGAAAAUCCCCUCGACAGCCACAAGCAGCACGACAUGCCCUUCCGUUGAGACUGAGGAAGAAAAAGCAAAAAGACUGCUGUACUGUUCACUAUGCAAAGUCGCUGUCAACUCUGCCUCGCAGCUGGAGGCGCACAACAGUGGGACUAAGCACAAAACUAUGCUGGAAGCUCGGAAUGGAAGUGGAACCAUAAAAGCCUUUCCCCGGGCAGGCGUAAAAGGCAAAGGACCUGUGAAUAAAGGAAACACGGGCCUUCAGAACAAAACAUUUCACUGUGAAAUAUGUGAUGUGCACGUAAACUCUGAGACACAACUGAAACAGCACAUAAGCAGUAGAAGGCACAAAGAUAGAGCUGCUGGGAAGCCGCCUAAACCUAAAUACAGCCCAUACAACAAACUCCAAAAGGGAACACAUCCUCUAGGGGUAAAAUUAGUAUUUUCAAAGGAACCUUCAAAGCCGAUGGCUCCAAGAAUCUUACCAAAUCCACUAGCAGCUGCAGCAGCAGCUGCUGCUGUGGCUGUGAAUUCCCCCUUCAGUCUUCGAACAGCCCCAGCAGCCACCCUUUUCCAGACUUCAGCACUUCCUCCAGCACUCCUACGACCAGCUCCGGGGCCUAUACGGACCACCCAUACUCCUGUGCUGUUUGCUCCUUACUGAACUCCAAACAGGAAAUAAUUGUACUGCAAUAAUUUUUCAAAUCAAAACAAACAAAAAAGAAAACCAAGAACAUUGAACUAUGCAGUGUUUAUUUAUAGUUUAAAGUAUAUAUGAAGAGCCAGGACUUUUGAUAGAGAACUGAACAAAUUCUAAAUGGGGGAAUGGGCAGUAUUUUCUCCAGAUGAGAGCAUUCCUCUUAAGUAUUGAUCGUUUUAGAACUGAUCUCCAGCAUUGACUUGUAGUGACAUAUAAAACUUAUGAAGCCUUUUGACCGUGCUUUUUGGCACAUAUUUCCCUGCAAUGUCUUUCCUGCUUUAUGAAACAACUUACAAAUUUGUCUAAAGGGCAUUAACUGGUUCCAAUGUACAUAAAAUACUUUAUUCUGUAGAUUAAAGAAGAAGGAAAAGAAAAGAAACACUGUGAAUAGUAGAACCUUACCAAUCCUCCUGCCAAAUCAGCAGUUACUGGAUAUUUAUCUGAACAAAAGUAGAUACAAUAGAUGUCUUGUAAAACAGUAGUAUUGUGUCUCUAUCUAUGCCACUAGGUUUCUAACUGCAUUGCAAAAGUUAAAAUGAACAAAGUAUGUCACAAAAAGAAAAAAAAAAAACAACUAAAAAAAAAAACCAAUAA